GUUUCAUUCCCACAACUUAACCAGUUCUGCCACAUUCACCGUCUAAACAGAGCGACUUGUGUGAAGGGGGGCGUGGAGUGACUGCCCCACAUCACUAAAUACAAAAAUCACCACCUUGACACACGUUUACACAACCUGACCACAGCAGCAGACACGUUCCUUCAGAACCGGAUUCAGCAUGGACAGCUAGAUCUGGAUCUCCUUUCGGAUAACUUUUAACGUCAGAGCCGCUAACAAGAAAGGUAUCUGCUUUAACUCUCUGUUUUUAGAUUCAAUGCUCAUCGGAAUUCUGUUACUUUGACUGUUUUAUGUGCAAAAGAGAGAUCUCGUGAACUUUGUGAAUUGUAUUUUUAUAAUUUGGUUUGCAAUAUUUAACUGAUGUGGUGCGAAAAAGGUGAUAUUAUUUGAUGUCAAAACUUUUCAGUUAACACAGUUUUCCUAAAAAAGGACUUAUUCAACUAAUUACAACUACUACUUUCAAAUGUGAUCUAUCAUUUAUUAGAUUUUAAAUAUCAUUUGCAAUCAGAUGUCUCGUUCCUAAUGAACAACUUUUAGUAUUUAAAAAAAAAAAAAAACUUUUAAGAGAAAAACUUUAGUUGAAUACUGCCACAUGGCUCCAUCAUCAUCUAUCCAGAGUCCAACGACCCUCUUGACAACACAUGUGAAUGGGCUAUGUUUAAAAUUGACAACUAUAAACACUUGUUACAAACAUAAUUUUACUAAAAAUUUUGCUAAAUGUGAUUCAACUUAAGAUUUUACACAAAAGGAUUUGGUCUCUUCAACAUUAAGAAAUAGUUUGUUCAGUGCGUCUUGACGGAGGCCAGAAUCUCGCCCGACUUCAUUCCCACAGUCCUCUGACCGGUCUUAUCUGAUUGAUGGUGACAGGGGUAGAUUUCGCAUUUUUGCUUAUUAUAUAAUACAUCCGUUUACCUCCACCAGUGUCUGUGUUCUCAUCAGUAAUCUCAUCGAAGCUCUUACAUUUCAAACAAUCCAACAGCUUGAGUGUAGCCAAAACAGACUAUCCCAUUGUGAGUUGCAAACCUAAAAGCACCGGGUAAUCUUCCUGUUAACUGUAGUCAACCGGUUGGCUGAGAGGCUGAGCUCUCUCCAUCUCCAAGUAGAUUCAUGCAUUAUGAUGUGAAAAUAGACGAAUCUGUGAAAUGCGCUUUUUGACCCAAAAGGACAACAUAUGUGACUUAAGAGGACCUGAAAAUCUAUCUAACCAAGAUGAGGAAUACUGUGAUGUGUUGGUUGGGUGUUUAUUAUUCAGUAGUAUUUUUGGAAUCUGUAGUUUUCACAGACUUAUGGGAGGUACCACAACUUCUGAGUACUCCAAGAGGGUAAACCCACUCCAGUCUGUACCCUUCCUAAGACCAUAUGGCGUCCUGGUCGUAUAUCUCUCAUUUGUUCUCCACAGGAUGUCAGUACACGGCAGCUUUCUGUCUGAUGAGCAGUUCCAGUGCUCCAUCUGCCUCGACGUCUUCAUCAACCCUUCGUCCACACCAUGUGGCCACAGCUUCUGCAUGGCCUGCAUCAGCAGAUACUGGGAUGGAUCCAAGGUGCGUACAUGAGUUCAUGUUCAAAACCUGGAGAUUGAUGGGUUCUUCUAAUUCCUUAAUCCUUCUCUGAUGUUGGCAUACUUCAACCUGUCUCCUUUUCUUCUGACUGUCCUCACAAAUCCACGUGAAACCUUGAUUCUCUCCUCCAUAUAUACCUCCUCUCUCAGGUCUGCCAGUGUCCUCUGUGCAAGAAGACCUUCCAGAAGCGACCCGACCUCCACAUCAACCGGACUCUGCGAGAGAUCACCGAGCAGUUCAAAUCCUCAAGAGGAGGGGGAGGAUCUGGGAGGGACAAGAGGGGUGGAGGAACGUCAGAGGGCUUCUUUGAAGAGCUGAAGAAGAAGCUUCCUCGACCUUUGCCAAAACUGCCACUGAAGAGGAACAUUGAGACCACAGGUGAACGGAGCAGACGACACCUUUACCGAACAAACACUUGAGUAGGGUUUUAAACUCCAUCUAGCCUAAAGGGACCACCGGUACUAAAAGGGAAUGAACGAGUGAAAUCUAUUUAGAUUCAUGCACAAAUAACGUGAACAUCAACCAGAAGUGUCAGAGUACUCCACUGGUAGCAAGAAGUUCAAGCUCAGAGUUAAAAGACAUAUGCCACGAAAUUUAGACUUACUGGGGCAGUGGUGGUGGAGUUACCUGACACUGGCUGUGUUACCGUAUAAUUUCAGCACAGUCUUGGUGGUCUGACUGGGCUGCGAAGGCCAGGUCCUACAAAGGAUCUUACCUUAAAUCAAGACAUAGGUAUUGUCUGGAUUCCUAACAGACAUGCAAUACCAAAACUUGACUAACUUACUAACUUUGCUUAAGUAUUGCGCAAUUUUCUAUCAAUAUCAAACGCGUGGAUUCUGUGGUAUUCGUUUCCCUGAUGUCUCUUGUUAGGCCUCCAGUCCCACUUAAAAUUAGUCCCAGAGAUGACAUGUCCUUUGUUCUGAUUUGGUAUUUUUUCAGCUGACGCAACUUUGUUGGCUACUUCAGUGCCAAACCCCAGUCCGCUUGCUACCAUGAUCACCCCCAUAGGACCUCCUCCGCUACCUCCCCCUUUUUGUCGCUCCAAUGGCCGCAGAAGGUUCACGGUGACUGGGGCAGCAAGCAGCAACAAUCUCCCUCUUUGCGAGAUCCACCACAGAGGACUACUGGUACCAAUAUAAUUAUUAUUAUUACUUCUACUCUUGGUACUUUGACAACUAGUUCCAGGUGUAGUACUACUUUGACACACUCUGUUCGCUGAUUCCAGAUGUACUGUAGGACCGACAACGUUUGUAUCUGUCCGGAUUGUGCAACUGAGGACCAUUACGAUCACGACACAGUGAAUAUAGAAGAUGAAUGGACAGCCACCAAGGUGGGAAAUCAAACGAUACAUAGAAGCUCCUGUGAGGAACUUCUGGUUUAAGUCAGUUUUGGUGUCAACUGUGGACAAAGCAAGUACAAAAUUAGUUUAUUCAAGCAGAGGAACAGUUGUGUGUUUGUGCGUUUCAGGCCCAGCUGAGUGUAUCGGAGAGGGAGAUCGAGGAUAUGAUCAAACAAAGAGUCAAGAAGAUUGAGGAGAUCAAACUGUCGGUGACCGAACUGGAGGUAAGAUAAAAACAUUCUUCUUACAAAAUACCGAAGAUGAGUGGACAGACCAGAGAAUCCUCCUGUUGGGAUAUCAUCAAAAACAAAAAAUUCAGAAGUCCUCUCAAAAGGUAUCACUUUUUGUUCUUUGGUUGCCUUAUUUCAACAGUUCUUCCGUCUUGAAAAUACUUUAUACUCAUAAUUUCCCAGGCGGCGAUCGACCGAGAGACAGCUGGCAGCGUUUGCCUGUUUUCUGUGCUGGUGUCCGCCAUCGAGCGCUCCCAGGCAGAGCUGAUGGAGGUGAUGGAGAUGAGCCGGAGGGCCGCCGAGCAUCAGGCCGAAGUGAUGAUACGACAGCUAGAGCUGGAGGUGGAGGAACUGAGGAGGAGAGAAACCGUUCUGGCUGAGCUCAGCCAGUUGGAUGACGCCCUACAUGGAGUCAAGGUUGGUGCCAAUGUAACCCGGAUCGGUUUAAACAUUGACGGUAAACCUGAGGAGAUUGGCUCUUGGUCAUUGCGUACCUCUCUUUCAGACAUUCCCAGCUCUCUCCAAUCAUCCCCCUUCCAAAGACUGGUCUUCAGUGUCUGUGAACACCGACUUGGGGACGGGGACCAUCUACAGAUCGCUGGCAGCUCAAGUGGAGAACUUCCAUAAAGAACUGAAGAGUGUAGCGGAAUCAGGUCAGUCUCCAAAAGGUGGUUCAUGCUGGUUUGAUCCUUCUGUCAUAGAAUAUACACUGGUCAAUACUGCCCUCUUGUGGUAGAUUAUGAUAACGUCUGAAUUCAGUUUAUAAACAUUACUUGAUUUUUUAUGUAUCUUUCUUCAAAUAUGGUGUUUUGUUCCCUUCCAGGUUUUCCAUCUAUGGCACUGGAACCAAGUCCAGUUCGGGGUCACCCCAGUGAGUUUCUAUCCCCAAUCCACUUCAAGUUAGCCAAUUCACCCCAUUCACCCCACCAAGACAGUAAAAAUAUAGAAACAAGUUAAAGGUACGUCAUUUGUACGAUGCAUCGGUGUGUUUUACAACAUUUUAUCUUGUUUUCUGCAGGGAUAAAGAGAGUGCAGGAAUAUGCAGGUAUGGAAUCAGACAAACUUAUAAAAUAUGUGUCGUAAUGAAUGAAAAAUCUUAAAAUAAUUAACAUCCUUUUUACCCCGUAACAGUGGACGUGACUCUGGACUACAACACCGCCCAUCCCAGGCUGAUUGUGUCGGAGGACAUGAAGAGUGUAAGUCGUCUGUUAAAGGUCGUUAUUUAACAGUUUGUUUCCCGAUGAAUGGACAGUAUUAAACAUUAUUUCUUGUCGCGUACAGGUGAAGUGCGGCGAUAAACACCAGAUGCUUCCAGAUAAUCCUGAGAGGUUCGACAGAGUCGUCUGUAUCCUGGGAAGGGACACGAUCACCUCUGGGAAACACUACUGGGAGGUAAAGACUGAUGACCAAUAUCUCAGAUCCAAGUGUCGUGAUUCCGUCCUGCAUGUCCGUCCACCCUCUCAUGAUAUCUGCCUUUCUGAACAGGUGGAGGUUGGUGGAAAGACGGACUGGGACCUGGGGGUGGCGAGACACUCCAUGAACAGGAAAGGGAAGAUUGACGUGACCCCAAGCAACGGAUACUGGUUCCUCAGCUUGAGAGACAAGUUAGUUUUCGCUUAACUCUCUAAAAGCUAAAAAGUCAGCUACGACUGAUGAGCUUUUGCAUUCCUGAUGUAAAAUUUUAUGCUCUUCUCGUCCUCUGUAUCACUUUGUCUCUCAGGAAUAAGUACGGCUGUCGCUCUGAACCCUCCAUAGAUGUCCAGAUGAGCCUUCGACCUCAGAAGAUUGGCGUAUUCGUGGACUACGAAAGAGGACAGGUACAGAACCGGGGGGACGCAGUCUCCUCCUGCUUGUUUCUAAAGUCUAUGAUGUAUCCCUCUGAUUUCCUACAGCACUCAUUCUCCUUGUUGGUCUGCAGGUGUCUUUCUACAACGUGGACAGUCAACUCCACAUCUACACCUUCAACGACAACUUUGACGACUGGAUCUACCCGUUCUUCAGUCCUUGUACGAACAAAUCAGGGAAGAACGAAGGGCCGCUGAUCAUCACACCAGUGAUCAUGACCGAAUAA